CAGCGCCUCCGCCGCUAAGAUGGUGCCGCCCGUGCAGGUCUCGCCGCUCAUCAAGUUCACCCGCUACUCGGCGCUGCUGGUGGGCAUGAUCUACGGCAAGAAGCGAUACGACUACCUGAAGCCCAUCGCCGAGGAGGAGCGGCGCGCCGAGGCCGAGGAGAAGCGGCGGCGCGAGGAGCUCGAGCGCAUCGCCAGGGAGAUGGCGGAAGCAAGCGAAGAUUCCAUAUUGAAAUGAACAAAAGACCGGAUCACACUUUCUUUCAUGGAAGUACCUGGCUAGGCUCUGAACGGAUCAACUCUGCGUAUUGUUCUAUCAAUAAAACACUUGAAACACUGA